AUGGAGCCCCCUCCCUCCAACUUUUCCAUUUUCAACCCCACGGCUCCCUCCUCCUUCCUCCUCCUGGGCAUCCCCGGGUUGGAAACCCUGCAUGCCUGGCUGGCACUGCCCUUUGGCUCCUUGUAUUUGGUGGCCCUGCUGGGCAACUGCACCAUUCUCCUGCUCAUCAAGAUGGACGCGAGGCUCCACCAGCCCAUGUACCUCUUCCUCUGCAUGCUGUCCCUCACGGACCUGGUGCUCUCCACCUCAGCGCUGCCCAAGAUGCUGGCCAUCUUCUGGCUUGAUGCCAGGAGCAUUGGCUUUAGCAGCUGCCUGGUCCAGAUGUUUGUCAUUCAUUCUUUCACCGCCAUGGAAUCCGGCUUCUUCCUAGCUAUGGCGUAUGAUCGCUAUGUGGCCAUUUGCAAGCCCCUGAGGCACACUGCCAUCCUCACAGGCACCCGCAUUGCCUCAAUAGGCAGUGCAGUCCUGGCCAGGGGGCUGGUGUUCUUCUCUCCACAUCCUUUCCUGGUGGGGAGGCUGCCAUUCUGCGGGCCCAAAGUCAUUGCCCACAGCUACUGCGAGUUCAUGGCUGUGGUCAAACUGGCUUGUGCAGACACCGCAGUCACAAAGGCCUACAGCCUGACGGUGGCGUCUCUGAUCGGAGCCUUUGAUGUUCUCUUUAUCGGGCUGUCCUACGGCCUAAUCCUGCGCACAGUCUGCCAGCUGCCAUCUAAAGAGGCUGGCCUUAAGGCCUUGGGUACCUGUGGAUCCCACAUCUGUGUCAUCCUGGUUUUCUACAGCACGGCUGUUUUCACCUUCCUCACCCAUCGCUUCAGCCAUGGGAGCAUCCCACCUCACGUGCACAUCCUUGUGGCCAAUGUUUACCUGCUGAUACCACCGACCCUGAACCCCAUUAUCUAUGGGGUGAGGACUAAGCAGAUUCGUGAGCGAGUGCUGCGGGUCUUGAUGACAGUCCGUGGAAGGGAAGGCCAGACGCAGCCCGCCCCAAGCAGCACCGGUCCCAACAGCUUGGCUCGGGACAGCCCGGUUUCCUCCACCGACUUAGCCUGA